ACAAAACAAAAAAGAAUAAAGAAAGAGGUGAAAAGAUAAAAACAGUGAAGAAGUAAAAAAAAAACGUUUAUAUGUGUCGCGCACGCGUAUAAAAACAGACGUAUUGUGAUUUUGUUUUUUUCCGUAAAUUAACCGCAUUAUUACAUACACAAUAACAGUUUAACAAUAUUCGUUGAAAAACGUAAUUAGAAAAAAGUAAUAUGUUAAAAGACGUUUAAAGAAAGUUGACUUUAGUUGGUGUGCAAUUUACAUCAUUGGUGAAUGCUGUUUACGUGCAUAAAAAUAUCUACUAUAUAUAUAUAUAUAUCUAUAUAUAUAUAUGUAUUAUAUUUAUGUAUGUAUAUAGAUAUACACAUAAUAUUUUUUCUGUUAAAACGUGAUACGAAAAACUGAGAAAAAAAAAUGUUAAAUCAAGCGGUCGUCGAGGCCCUUUAUUCAGCAACUUAUAUUGAAAAUUAUUUGGAUUGUGUGGAAAAUCUACCAAAUGAUUUGCAGAGAUAUGUUUCGCGUCUUCGUGAAUUAGAUGCCACUUGUCAAACAUAUUUGAGAGAAGUAGACCAACAACAAGAUACCCUAAGAAAUGAUAUAGAUUCAACUGUAAGAAGAAAAGCACUUGCAAGAGUUCAACAAGCAUUAAUUGCUGCUCAAGAAAUUGGUGAUGAAAAAUUACAAAUUGUACAACAGGUUCAAGAUUUAAUAGACAGUAAAUCUAGACAACUUGAAGUAGAUUAUCGUAAUUUAGAUUUUGGUAAAGAACAAGAGAACUGUGAAUCCAAUCGUGAAUCAAAUUCGAAUAUUAAUUCGAAUUCAUCGACCAAUGCGAAUAGCAGUGAACGUUUACCAAAACGUGCUAGAAGAACAAGAACAGAAACAUUGGUUGAAUCAGGACAUGCGAUGGAUAUGAUUGUAGUAUCUGAAACAAGAUCGAAUACUUUAACCAGUGCUAGUAAUGGUAAUCAAAAGAAAACAGCAACAACUAAUACAGGUAAAAAGAAGAAAAGAAAAUCUAGACAAGGAAAUCAACAUAAUCAACAUAGGGAGGAUACUCCACCACCAUUGGAAGAUGAUCUUGCGAUAGAUCCAGAUGAACCUACUUAUUGUCUUUGCGAUCAAAUUUCUUAUGGAGAAAUGAUACUUUGUGAUAAUGAUUUAUGUCCAAUAGAAUGGUUCCAUUUCUCUUGUGUAUCACUUAGUACUAAACCAAAAGGAAAAUGGUUUUGUCCAAAGUGUCGUGGAGAUCGUCCAAAUGUUAUGAAACCGAAAGCACAAUUUUUGAAAGAACUUGAAAGGUAUAAUAAAGAAAAAGAAGAAAAAUCGUAGCAAACAAAGUAUACUACUAAUUGUUGAAAACUUUUGGAACAAUCAAAAAGUAAUUUUGUGCAAAACAAUAUUAUUUAAUGUUAAUUAGAAUUGAGAAUUUCAUUUUUCGUAUUAGUAAUAAAAAUAAUUAUCUAUAUAUAUAUAUACAGGAUGAGUCAAACUUUAAAUGAUUGUUCAUCUGAAUAACUUUUACAAUUUUAA